AUGGCAAAAGAAAUACCAGCCGAUGCUGAAGAUAAUGCCAAUGGCAAACCUGAAUCGUCUUCUCACCGCGCUUGGUUUUCUCUGCCAGCAUGGUUAGAUCACUUCAAUACGCACGAUUUCAAAGUGCUAUUUCGCUGCUGGGUAGCGAUAUGGGUGUCAUCUCUACUAAUGUUCAUCGGCCCGGCCUUGCACAGUAUCGGUAUCGCCACUUUCUUCGGCGCACUGUUACUCUACAUUGUGCCGCCAAGUAGCAUCCUGAUUGUCUACCUCCUGGCAACUUUCUCCCUCCUGUUCGGGAUGUGCCUAGCAUGGGCUUGGGGACUUGUGACUAUGAAAGCCGCCUUGGCGGCGCGGCCGGAUUCGCAGACCAUGGCAAAACUGCUUCAACUAAAAGAACAAGCUGCUUCACAGGCCCAGCAAUCCGGACAAAGUGUCACCGCAACGGAAGAAAAGCUCAUUCACGAUGGCUUCAUGUUCGAUGCUCGGAUCAUUGUGAUCUUUUACGUGAUGAGCUGCGUCUUCGUAUACGUUAUGGCUCGACUGCGGGUCUGGAAUCAGAAAUUCGCCCUCGCGGAAAUAUUCGGCAUCAUCAUCAUGGACCUGUUCCUGCUCUUCGGCCCGACAUCUCCAUCCUGGGAUUGGAGACUCGCCGUAAUACUCGUUGAGCCGGGCGCUAUCGGGAUCGGUCUUGGUUUCGCCUGCUGUUUACUUUUUUUCCCACAGUCGACGUCAUUCGCUGUUCUGGAUCGAAUGGAAAAACUUGUUCGUAUGGGAAAGACCACAUUGAAUACUACGCGAGACAGAUUAGCGUCGCAACCCACGGAACUGGCUCAGAUGAAGUCUGCCAAGGCGAAGACCAUUGAGUUGUUCAAAUCUAUGCAGCCGAUGAUAGCCUUUCUACCGCUAGAUAUCUCCCGUGGAAGAUGGGGCGUUGAAGAUGUCCGGGGUCUACUCCCUCCCGUCCGACAGGCGAUGCUCGUUCAGAUCGCUCUGCUCGACUUCCAUAUUGCUCGACAGCGGACUGAGGAGAAGAUCAGGGAGAUGAAGGACCAAUCAAAUCCUGAAAAGGGUGCUAAAGAUCCGAAAAAUCCGCCUCAUGAAAUUGGACAUCGGCAGUUGCGCGAAGGCAUGGAUAUGAUACACGCAUUGCAUGCGCCAGAGAUGGGAGACGUCCGCUCCAAUACCGUGGAAGCUCUCAGAGUGUCUACCACUGAAGUAUUGCAGGUGUGCUCGGAAGCCACCGACGCCAUCGCCGACUGUAUUCGUCUAGUUAACACCCGUCGCUGGCUCCGACGACACCCAGCGGAGAAGUUCGAGCGAGUGGUCGCUCAAGGGGAGGAGAUCUUGGACCGACUACGGUCGGCCCGAAAGACCUGUGUUAGGGAGACGACGGAAAAAUUAAUCGAGAGCCACGAAGACCUUUUUGACGGAGGCGGAAAUCUCAAGUCCCCGGAGCUCCAAGGUCCGUAUGCCCUCCGAGCGCUAGUUUUGGGCAUGGUAAUCGAAGAAAGGAUUCUUGGAGCUGCAACAGGAAUAGAAAACCUUCUGGCUCACGUCCUGCAAUUAUCCAAAACGCGCACCACGCAUCGCAUAUGGUAUCCAUAUGGAAUACGCUAUGCCAUAUCCUGGCUGGUCAAUGGGCGUCAGAGAGCUCCUUUAUCAGGACCGAUCGGGACGGGAGAUGAUCCCGACGCCCUGGAAGAACAAAUCAAGGAAGCGCAUCGGCAGCUUCGUAUCAGCCGCGGCCUUGGAGCGACUCGUCGACAGGGCAUGCUGAGCCGGAUUGUCCGGCGGACAUGGCAUUGGCUUACCAACGCCGGGGGCAUGUAUGCAAUCCGCAUGGUGGUGGUGACCAUUGCAACGGCUAUUCCGGCGUCUCUGCCAGCGACAGCGGGUUUCUUUUACCGUGAAAAAGGCAUUUGGGGCACUAUUACGGCUCAGAUCGGGGUCGUUAUCUACAUGGCGGAUUUUACUUUCUCGGUCAUAAGUCGAACGAUUGGCACUAUCGUUGGCGGCGUGAUGGGCAUGGUGGCAUGGUAUAUUGGCUCAGGUCAUGGUCCUGGCAACGCAUACGGGAUGGCUGCAAUCACCGGAGUGAUGACACUGGUAUUGGUGUGGUGGCGCCUAUUCCUGCCAGCGGCGCUACUGCCAUGCGCCGUCAUGAGUGGCGUGACCUAUGUGUUAGUGGUGGGGUUUAGUUACGACGAUGCCCAUACCCAGCAAUAUGGCCUCCCAGGAAGGGGAUAUGCAGCCUUUUACAAACGUCUAGUGACCGUUCUUCUGGGGCUGGUCGCUGCUUUCGUUGUCCAGAUCUUCCCUCGCCCUCCCUCUGCCAGUCGACACGUCCGCACGACACUUUUUAACACCAUCCGCCUUCUAUCAGAUCACUACGCCUUGCUUCUUUCCCACUGGGCCCGAUCGGAUGAUCCCAGUCCUGUCAACGUCGUUGCAGAGCAAAUAUCCCUUGACCUAGCAGAGUCCCUCCUGUCCUUGCAAGGGCCCAUCAACCUGCUGAAACUUGAGAUCAGCUUCGGCCCUUUCGACCAAGGGACGCUGUUCCGCAUGCAGGAGCUCUGCCAAGAUAUUAACCAGUCCUUGGGCCGACUGCUGGCUCUUACGGGAUAUCUGCCAUUGGAACUGCAGUAUCGGCUUGUCCACAAUGUUGGCAUUCUGGAUGACUCCGUCAUUGAUUCGGUCAUGGUCGUCCUCGGGGUGAUUGGUCAGGCGCUGAAGACAGGCGAUCCCCUCCCUGAGCGGCUGCCUACACCUCUACUGAACAGAUGCUAUGUAAAUUGGCAUGCGCAGAAUCGGAAGGCUGAGUUCAGUACGGCUCUGGUGCGCAACGAGGAUUAUCGUCGGUAUUGCGUGGCGGUCAGCUCGUACUUGAAGUUUCUGUCGGCCAUUGAUGACAUGGUGCUUGUGCUGAAGGGUAAUUUAGGGGAGAGUCAUAUUGUUAAUCAAUGGCGAGAGGAGGAUCCUUCUGUAUAA